GUCCUCCCCACGCUGCCGAGUGUUUCUAAGGCAGAGUGUUUCUAAGGCCAAAUGGCUGCGCUUCCAAAGAGAUGGGCCUGGACGUUCCUGAAGGAAGGCAUCAAGUUCCGGGCUGGGAGGCUCUAUGAGACGUUUUGGAACUCACAGUCGAACGUCAAGUACACUGUAGUCUUUCUUUAUCCUGGAGCACUGUUUUGGGUCCGAUGGCGCGCCGAGACUCAGUAUAAGUACAAUGUCUUCAUCGCUGACAAGCAGGUCGAGCCAGAUCCGAGUGGAAGCAUGUUUUCGAGCUAUGAGAAAACCAAGAGCCUGGUCAGCUGGAAGAAUGGAUCAGUCUUUUAUUUUCCAGCGAUGGCCACCGUGCAGGACUUGAAGCAAAGCGUAUAUGGUGAUGCAUCGAAGGUGCCUUCUGGUGUCCGUGCUGGAUGUCAUGGACGCAUGAUGGAGGACACUGACAACCUUGCCUUGGCCGUGCGAACAUUUUGCAAGCGCGACCCCAAAAUUGUCCUGUGGGAGGAGGAAACUGAAAAGGUUGCGUAAGGAUCAUCAGGCAAAGAUGAGGAAGAAGAAGCAAAGGUGACCGAACAUCCAAGAGCUUGAAAGCUAGGGAUGGCACCUGUGCCUUUGUGCAAAAUCCAAAAGAACGGCGUUGACUCCGCAGGUUCAAUU